GGUGAAGGCCAUGCCGCCCCCUGGGAAAGUUCCCCGAAAGGAGAACCUGGGGCUACAGUGUGAGUGGGGGUCCUGCUCCUUUGUGUGCUCGGCCAUGGAGGAGUUCAGUGAGCACGUCACCCAGCACCUGCAGCAGCACCUGCAGGGCUCCAGGGAGGAAGAGGAGGAGGAGGAGGAGGACCCCCUGGAGGAAGAAUUCUCCUGCUUGUGGCAGGAGUGUGGCUUUUGUUCUCUGGACAAUUCUGCUGAUCUCAUCCGCCAUGUCUACUUCCACUGCUACCACACCAAGCUGAAACAGUGGGGGCUGCAGGCCCUGCAGAGCCAGGCCGACCUCAGCCCCUGCAUCCUGGACUUCCAGAGCCGUAACCUCAUCCCUGACAUCCCUGACCACUUCCUGUGUCUGUGGGAGCAUUGUGAGAGCUCCUUCGACAAUCCCGAGUGGUUCUAUCGGCAUGUGGAAGCACACAGCCUGUGCUGUGAAUACCAAGCGGUCGGCAAGGACAACCACAUGGUACUUUGUGGCUGGAAAGGCUGUACCUGCACCUUCAAGGACUGUUUUAAGCUUCGAGAGCACCUCUGCAGCCAUACCCAGGAGAAGGUGGUGGCCUGCCCCACCUGUGGGGGCAUGUUUGCCAACAACACCAAGUUCUUAGAUCACAUCCGUCGGCAGACCUCAUUGGAUCAGCAGCACUUCCAGUGCUCUCACUGUUCCAAGAGAUUUGCCACGGAGCGGCUGCUGCGGGACCACAUGCGUAACCACGUGAACCACUACAAGUGCCCUCUGUGCAACAUGACCUGCCCGCUCCCAUCCUCCCUCCAAAACCACAUGCGCUUUCGCCACAGCGAGGACCGGCCCUUUAAAUGUGACUAUUGCGACUAUAGCUGCAAGAAUCUGAUCGACCUCCAGAAGCACCUGGAUACCCAUAGCAAGGAGCCAGGUUACAGGUGUGAUUUCGAGAACUGCACCUUCAGUGCCCGGUCACUCUGCUCUAUCAAGUCCCAUUACCGAAAGGUACAUGAAGGAGACUCAGAGCCAAGGUACCGAUGCCACGUGUGUGACAAAUGCUUCACGAGGGGUAACAACCUCACUGUGCACCUUCGCAAGAAACACCAGUUCAAGUGGCCCUCAGGGCACCCCCGUUUUCGGUACAAGGAGCAUGAAGAUGGCUACACGCGGCUGCAGCUGGUUCGCUAUGAGAGUGUAGAGCUGACACAGCAACUGCUGCGGCAGCCACUGGAGGGAUCAGGCCUGGGAGCAUCACUGAAUGAGAGCAGCCUGCAGGGCAUCAUUCUAGAAACAGUGACAGGGGAGCCAGGACCCCAGGAAGAGGCUGAAGAGGAAGAGGAAGGCGGGGGCUGUGAGGGGACAGCCCUCUCGGCCUCUGAGGACACUUCUAGCCCUGUCAUCCAUGUGGUGAAUCAGACCACCGCCCAAGGCGAGCAAGAGGUUGUCUACUAUGUGCUGUCCGAAGCUCUGGGAGAGCCCCCUCCAACAACUGAGCCCCCCUCUGGGGGUGUUGUGGGAGAGCUUCAGGGAGUAGCUGAGGAAUCAGAAGUCCAGAUGGUGUGA